AGAGAGAGAGACAGAAAGAGAGAGAGAGACAGAAAGAGAGAGAGCAGGGGAGUGACAGAAGGAAAGAGCAGACAAAGAAAAAGAGUAAGCAGGAGAGUAAGGCACACGGAAAGACAAAAGGGAAAGAUAUAG